GUCAACAUCACUGUCAAAUUUCACAUCAAGUGCAAAAGUACACCUAUCUUUUCAGAACCAAAUAAAAUAUAUAAUCAUGCAGCCACACACAGUUAUUAUCAGAAGAUGAGUGAAUCCAAAUGACUAAUAGGUUCCUGCGAGGCUCAAAAUCACGCCCACAUCCUUCUGUACAGCUUUGCGCGGAUUGCACACAGAAGCUACAACCAAACAUCAGUGAAUCGAGAUCAUCCGUAUCCGUGCCCGGCUCACUCAGCGACAUCAAGAACCACUCCAAAAAUAAUUCAUGUCAAGAAGCAAACCUUUGUCAGUGGCACAUAAAACUCAUUAUAAACGAACUGAACAGGAUCACAAAAGUAGAAGAGAAACGGUUGAAACAUUUGCGACGCGAAAAAGCGCGGCAGGUAAAAGAAGCAAAACUUAUAGAACGAUUAAUAAAAAAAGAAAGGGAAAUCCAAGAAGCUGAAAAAGAACUAGAACCAUUACCCGAAACACAUUAUUGUAACAUCCUAUCUACAACAAUCCCUUGCUAUGGUCCAAAUCACAGCGCUUGUUCCAGCAAAAGAGAUAAUUUACGGUGCAAGCCUAAAAAAAUAAAAAAUAAAAAACACAAAAGCGUUGCAAGGCCGUGCUUUGUGUGUGCCAUGUAUGAUAACUGUUACACUCCUGUAGGAGGCCGAUGUUACCACCAAAAGGAUUCGUUCAAUGAAAGAUUCUCCAAUUUCUGUUAUCGUAUUUGUUGUCAAUUCUACUGCUGCGUGACAGUCAUAUUGAUCUUAGGUAUCUUAUUUACAUGUUUCUGCUGACCAAUUGUAAACAUUUAAAUACCUACAACUCGAUUAUAAAUAAAAUUGAUUUUUA